UUCAUUUCUGUUUUACAUCAGAGUAGUGGUAGUGGCAUUACUGUGGUUCUGAUGUUAUUGUACAUCUGAUUUCCUUUUAAUAAAACUUCAGCCUAGUACACAGUAGAGCUUAACAAAGAAAAUGCUCUUUUAGGCUAAAUGAACUGCAGUCCCCCUCCUUCCCCAAUUUACCCUCUUCUCCUGCCAGCUUUUGAGUUGGUUACUCUCAGGACACCUAUAUGCAAACCAUAGUCAAACACAGACCUCUUCCUCUAGUGCUUAUUCCUUGUCAGUGUGUGCAGUUUUGACGAAUUAGGUUUCUCUUCCUUGUUACAUAUGGGGGCAGAGGUAUUUGCAUCUAAGUUUUGCAUAAAUAGCGACAGAGAGACAGAGGUGAAAGCAUUUCCUUCCACCUCUGCAGAAAUGAGAGAUAAAAAUUAUGAUAAUGCAACACUUUUAUCACAAUAUGAGCCAUUAUCACAUUAUGAACGGCACCAGUAAGGCUCAUAGUGUAAUAAGUUGUUAGUACAUUAUAAGCAAAGUCGUUAUUACGUUAUGCGCUCAUGAUUUUAUUACAUCAUGAGCUGAUUAUUAUAUUACGAGUCACUAUUAUAUCAUGAGUAACAACCAAUCACUGGUCUGAAAGCCGCGCCUCUGAGCGGCGCUGAUGUUUACCCCAGAAUUCCAGCCAGGCUACACUUGUAUGUGAACCGAAGACACUUAGCAGAUACAGCAGGAGUUGUCUCUGAAAAUGGAUCCACCCCAGGAGAUAGAAAGGAGUCCUGAUGGGGAACCGCCUGUAAAAAGAAGAGCAAUGUCCAUGUGUAGUGACGCAUCCAUGAAGCAUCUUGUUGUAUUUGCCAAAGAAGCAGCUGACAGUCCCUUUCAUUCGGAAAACACGCCUGCUUUUUCCUGUGCAUCUAUGAAAAGUGAUUCCUCCAUGGAGGCUCAUCAUGAGUGGUCAAGCAAAGACUCUGAUAGAGACCAUCAUGACUGCCCAGAGUUGACAGAGGUGGAUGGAAACGUCAUAUUCAAGUUGGUGGAAACCCACAUCAUAGACAGGGUUAAGAGUGAGAUGAAAAGGUACAAAAAUGUGCUCUUUCCACACCUACCACAAUCUUCUGAGAGUAAAGGGCAGAGUGAAGACAGUGAGGCCACUGAAGACAAAAAACAAAACUUGAGUACCAGUGAGGAAAUUCUGAAGAUGACUCUACAAGCCUUAAAUGAAAUAGGCCGACGGGAGCUUGCAAACAAACUAGAGAAGUACAUUUACGGCGAACUUGAUGCCUGCCAGCGAAAACUCAAACACAAACUUAAAAAAUUUGAAUACAUUUACGAGGGAAUAGCACAGCAUGGCAACCAGACUCUUCUCAACAAGGUGUACACUGAACUCUACAUCACUGAGGGAGUGAGUGGAGGUGUUAACAAAGAACAUGAGGUCAGGCAAAUUGAGGCAGCAACCAGGAGACCAGCAACAGAAGAUAAGCCAAUCAAAUGUGAAGACAUCUUUAAACCCAUGUGUGGCCAAGACAGACCCAUCAGAACCGUGCUGACAAAUGGAAUUGCUGGGAUUGGUAAAACUAUCUCGGUACAGAAGUUCAAUCUGGAGUGGGCAGAGGGGAGAGUUAACCAGGAUAUCCAUCUCCUUAUUAAUCUUCCAUUUCGGGAGCUGAAUCUGAUGAAGGAGAGAAAGUAUACUCUGACCCAGCUCCUUCAUCAGUUUCUCAUGGAGGCAAAAGAAUCAGGAAUUUCAAAUUUUGGCAAAUACAAGCUUGUGCUGAUAUUUGAUGGGUUGGACGAAUGCCGACUCCCCCUGGACUUCAACUGUAAUGGGCCCUGCCGUUGUGUCUCAGAGGAGGUUUCAGUGGAUGUCCUACUGACGAGUCUCUUCAGAGGGAACCUGCUGCCUUCUGCACACAUCUGGAUUACCUCCAGACCUGCAGCUGCAAACCGCAUUCCAGGCCAGCUUAUCGAUCGUGUGACAGAGAUCCGAGGAUUCAACGACCCUCAGAAGGAAGAGUACUUCAGGAAAAAGAUCCCUGAUCAAACCAUGGCCAGUAGAGUCAUUUCACACAUUAAGUCAACCAGGAGCCUUCAUAUUAUGUGUCAUAUACCAGUUUUCAGCUGGAUAUCAGCCACUGUGCUGCAGAGGAUUUUAGAAGACACAGUGAGGAGAGAAGAAGAAGGCGAGGGCAGAAGGGAAAUGCCAAACACUCUGACAAAAAUGUACACACAUUUCCUGGCGUACAACUCAGUGAUCAGAGGGCAGAAGUACCCAGCAGGACAAGAGGCGUCUGAAGCACAGGACCAGGUCAAAAUGAAUGAAGAGAUCAUCUUGAAGCUUGGAAAACUGGCCUUUGAGCACCUCAUGAAGGGCAACAUGAUCUUCUACGAGAACGAACUGAAAGAGUACAACAUCAAUGUCAACGCUGCAGUAUACUCAGGGAUGUUGACACAGAUGUCAGGGAGUGAUUCUGGAUUCCAUCUGGAGAGGAUCUUCUGCUUUGUGCAUUUCAGCAUCCAGGAGUUUUUUGCUGCAAUGUACAUUUUUCACACAUUCGUCUGCUUCAACCAAAACCUGCUGGAACCACACGAAACGUCUGCUGUUGAAGCUGCUCCCUGUGAAGUAACCGACCUCCUCAAGAGUGCCGUGGAUAAGGCCCUGCAGAGCGACAACGGACAUCUUGAUCUCUUGCUUCGCUUCCUUCUAGGCCUCUCACAAACAUCCAAUCUGACCUUGUUGAAGAGUCUUCUUACCAAAAUGCCCAACAGUCCACUAGGAAGAAAUGAGGAGAUUGUUGAGUACAUCAAGGAGAAGACCAGACAAAACCUAUCCCCAGAAAGAUGUGUCAAUCUCUUCCACUGCCUGGUUGAGCUUCACGACCACUCCCUUUUAGAGGAAAUCCAGAACUACCUGAGCUCAGGUAGGUUGUCAGAGACCGAGCUGUCACCUUCGCAGUGGUCUGCUCUGGUCUUUGUGUUGCUGACCUCAGAGGAAAAGUUGGAUGAGUUUGACCUGAGGAAGUAUUCAAGAUCAGAGGAGGGUCUCCGGAGGCUGUUGCCCGUAAUCAAAGAGUCCAGAGUAGCUGUGCUUAAAGAAUGCAACCUGACAGAAGAAUGCUGUGAAAUGCUUGCAGCAGCAGUAAACAGUUCCAUUCUGAAGGAGCUUGACCUGAGUGACAAUGAUCUGCAAGAUGCGGGGAUAAAGUUACUUUCUGCUGGACUGGAAAGACCAACAUGCCAACUGGAAACACUGAGGCUGGCAUUCUGUGGGAUCACAGAAACCGGCUGUGGCUUUUUGGCUACAGCUCUGAGGUCCAACCCUGGCCACUUGAAAAACCUGGAUCUAAGUUACAAUCAUCCAGGGCAAAAAGGGAUGGAGAUGCUGACCUCUGUACAAAAGGAAAUAGCACAUCUUACUGUCAGGUUUGACAACAGUGGGGAGUGCUACUUGAAAUCAGCUCUGAAAAAAUAUUCAUGUGAGCUAACCUUGAAUCCGAACACAGCCCAUUCGUAUCUGUCUUUCUCUGAAGACAACAAACAAAUGACACGAAUGGAAACUGCUCAGCAGUACCCCGAAAGCCCGGAGAGAUUCCCAGACUGGGGACAGGUGCUUUGUAGAGAGGCUCUGCGUGGUCGUUACUACUGGGAAGCCGAAUGGACUGCGGAGUGGGCCGGUAUAGGAGUGGCCUAUAAAGGAAUCAGCAGGAAAGCCAAAGGUAACGAAUGUACCCUCGGCCACAACGAUCAGUCCUGGAGUCUGCGCUACUAUAAAGGCCAAUACUCCUUCUGGUACAAUAAGAACUUCUCACCCAUCUUUGUUCCCUACUUCAACUCAAAGAGGGUUGGAGUGUUCCUAGACUGGUCAGCUGGCACUCUGUCCUUCUAUGGUGUAUCCACACACACCAUGACUCACCUGUACACUUUCCACACAAAAUUCUCUGAGCCGCUGUAUCCAGGCUUCAGACUGGGAUUUCCAAACUCCUCAUUAACCCUGUGCCAGCCGGGCUUAAACACCCACUCUAUAGAAAACAUGUAAACUGCAUUUGUGAAAAUAGGAUAGAAAAAUAGGAAGAGGAGCAGCCCAAAAACAAUUCAUCAAAUGCAGCUACACCUAGAAACUGAGCAAAGACUUCUUUGAACGAGUGUAUCAUAUGAGAAAGCAACGCAUCAUAUAGUAGUUUUUAGAAUGAAACCAACCCAAACUACUAUUAUUUUGUAGUCCUUUAUUUUGCGUUAUGUCACUUUUCAUUGAGUUUCAUCCAUUACAUCCAUUUGCUAAUGCAACUGUGUUGAUUGACAAGAUCUUUACGUGACAGCGUGGAGGAAAUAUACAGUAGAAGCGCAUCAAUCCAAACCACGGAAUAAAUAAACAAAUCAUGCCUAAACAUUCCCACUGCAAUCUGAGUGUGUUGGCAUUGGCUUUUAUUUCACUUUUCAAAAGAGUUCACUGCAGAUUUAUAAAAGCAACUCAUGUUAUAAAUUAUUACUCAAUCGUGCAAUGUAAGUGCAGAAGAAUACUUUAUACUAUUUAAAAAUUAUUAUCAAAAAUCUGUGUAAGAAAUUUGUGUGUUUUUUUUU